CGUGCUCUGAAGUAAAAGCGGAAGACCAUUGAAUAAAGAAUUUCUCGAGAGUGAAGAAAAAAAUAUUAAUAUUUUGAUUUAUUAACCAAAAAAAAUUUACUUAAGGAGAAAAUUACAAGUCAAUUAUGGAUUACAAGUAUCUUUUGAAUAUCGUUUUACUGUUAUCAUCGUAUGUGAAAGGAAAUGAGGUCGAAUCAGAUGCAGAGAACCCACCUGAAGGAUAUUAUGCGUUCAUUCAAUCACAGUCGGCAUUCCCACCAACUGUAAGACCACCACCGUACCAGCCAGUCAACAGGGAUUGCAUUGAUUAUCUCAAUCAAAAGCCAUAUGUUUCGGCCAAUAACCUUUGUGGUGAUCUAAAUCGUGGAAAAAUUCCACGAAACCCAAUGGGACAGAAUGUGAUGCAAGAAAUUUAUCCAUUUGAACUUAUCAGAAAUCAGACAUUAAAAUUCUUGUCAAAAACCCUUCCGAUUUUAAAAGCUGAUGAUACUCUGCCUAAAGUCACUCAAGUUGUAGAAAAUGAUUUAGGUGAUAGCCCAAAUCAAAGGACUUUUGAUGACGAAGACCUUAAUGGACAUGAUCUUAACGACAAUUAUGAACCAGAUAUGACGGAAAAACGUUCGAGAACAAAACGUCAAGUUGAUUAUAAUAGAAAUUCUCGGAAGUUUUGCGAUGGCGGUGGAGUAUUUUGUGCACUUUAUCGUGCCAUUCAAGGUGAACCUAUAAACAGCCAAUUGAUAGCUGAACGAAGAGAAGAAACCGUUCCAAUUCAACCUCAAUAUCAAGGUCCACCUACACCGUGUCCAGCUAAAGUAGAAUAUGUCACGCCUGUGUUUGCAAAAAAUUUCCAAGGAAGCUGGCGAUAUGUUGUACAAAUUCCUUAUGAAGGGUAUUUCACACAAACAGUCGAAGUGACUAGAUGUCUUCAAACAAAAUGUCACUAUUUAGACGGAGGAUGCUUGAGUUCACCCCGAUGGUUGUCACUCCUUGUAGCCGAAAUUUUUUAUCCAAAUGCAGCAUCGGAAGAAUAUCAAUCAAGUACAGCACCACCAUUACAAGACUUCCAAAAAUAUCAAGAAUAUCUUCAGAAACGAGCGGGACUUGCAUCUAACGAGUCAUCAUCAUUCUACGAUCAAAAGAAUGCACAAAAGAAGAAGCAAUCGCAGAUUUGCGACGGGUUUGACGAGAUUGGUUGUUUCCAGAUACGAUUAUAUUACGACUGGUUCCUUGUACCAGGUUCUUGUAAAUGCUGGAGGCCUGAUUAUUUUGCAAAAUAUGUCAAGAAACGGCCAAUAACACCUGAACUUUAAAGUAUAUUCCCUAAGAUGAACUAAUUUAGAACUAUAAAUUAAACAAUACCUAGGUAAUUAUAAAUAAUUUUGUUAUAACAAAUUUUAUUCAUAAGUCUUCGUUAACGAAUUUCUUACAAUAAAUCUAAAAAGUUUAAACAAUAAUUUUUAUUCACUCUUGAUUGCGCAAUUGUGUUGCGUAAUAAAAGUCAUCAGCACUUAUGUUUAGGAGAAUUUUCUGAUAAAUAUCCUUGUUAGUAUGUUCACAGAUGAGAAGUCUUGAUGCACCCAAUCGUGAUGAAAUUGCGAGAGCCAUGUCUACUGAAAUAACUUCAAAGCCGUUAAGUGUUGUAAGUGUUUUCAACUGAUUAUAGACACCACGGAAAAGAACUUCUUCGACUCCAAUGCGUUCUACUUCCAUGCAAACCGCUUGCAAAAACAGUUUUUCCAUUUCUGAACAUGAUUUGAUAGCACGCACUUUAGUGCAUGAAAUCAUUUCAUUCAAAGCUUGUUGAACAUGUGACAUCGAAACCAGUGCGCUUUUUUUAUCGCUUGCUUCACUUUCUGCUAUUUCUGAUGCACGUCGGCAAAUAUCUAAAGCUCUACGAGCAUCACCUGAUAAAGCUGCAACUUUUCGAGCAACCAAUUGUAUCGCAUCACUAUUAAAAGUGUCUGAGCCGUUUAAUCGAGAUGCUACAAUCUCUUGCAAUUGCUUGUGAGAGUAAGGUUGAAAUGUUAAACGCGUGAGUCCUAAACGUGAUGAAACUCUUCCCAUAAGAACUCUUUCUGGCAGAUCCAUUGUAUUUGCAAUCGUAACCACAAUCAAACGUGCAGCGUUUAAAUUUGGCCAAUUCAAAAUGUUAUAAACAACAUCUUGUCGUCUGUUACAUAAAAUAUCUAAUUCAUCGACAACAAGGAUUGUACUUGGUAAACGAGGCGAUGGAGUUGAAAAACGUUUAUUAAGUAAAUUAUAAGCUUGCUCCCAUGGUACAGUUUUUCCUGUCAUUUGCCGAUAAAUUUCCACGUAUGCUUUUCUUGGUUCUGUAAUUCGCAUUCCAUUAAUAUCAACAAACUCAAAAUCAGGUAAAUUGCCUUCCUCAACCUGUUCUUUAAGAGCUUUCAUAACUUCCGUAGUUGUUGCUGUUUUUCCUGUUCCUGGAACUCCUGAGAUGUAAAUACAUCCACCGAUUUUAUCAAGUAAAUUUCCUUCCAAAAAUGAAUAAAUUUCGCGAAAUUCUUUCUCACGACAUGGUAAAUU